AAGGGGGAAGGCAGGAGGGCUAUCGUUAUAAUCUCUUCUCCGUGACUGUCGGCCGUCGGGUAUCAGCACGAUGCCUAGACCUCGCUUAAAUCUAGUCCUAUUUUUUUUUUUUAUAGUUUGUGCGUGAUAUAGUGUAAUCUAAUUUUACCGUAUUUAUUAUCGAGUUCUUCAUGUUGUGGCUGGUCUUAGUGUUUUAGACAGUUUUAGUACUCUUGGUACUUUCGGUUAAGUCCCAAAUCCCGAUGACGUUAUACCGUGACGCGCUGUUAUAGUAAUAACAUCGUCUACCAAUGCGAUUUUCGUUUCGUACAUCGCUUUGAAAACUUAUUGAAAUGUUGAUGUGAUUAUUGCUCAUUAACAACCAUGAACAACUGUUUUAUUUUGUUGAUAGCAAUACUAUGCCAUCAGCCAAGCAAUGUCAAAAACGAUUGCAUUGACAACAACGGUCGAACUGUUCAGGAGGGAAAGACGUACAUACCGGGCCCUGAAAUCUGCACUCGGUGUGUGUGUGACAAUUCUGUAGCUAAAUGGUGUCACCCCGUGCUUUGUACACCGCCACAGGAUUGCAAGUCUUAUACAACUGUUGGAAAUAUAUGCUGUGAAUUCAAUUGUUUAGAUGAAACUCUCAAAGGCGAUAAUAUUAAUGCCAGAUCAAUUGCCAGCACUGUAACAGCAUUUUUAUUUUUCAUAUUAAUUGUUUUCCUUAUAAACCGGUUACACAAAAGAAAUAUAAUGUCAAGUAAGAAUAAAUUUGUAAUAUUUGUAUUUUAA